AGUCCUCACGCUGCCAUCGCUAACGGGGCACUCGCGGCUACGCGUUAGUCCCUUUCAAACAGCCGUGUGAUUCACUUCGCUCGAAAUAAAAUAAAUUGAAGGCAGAGAAAAGCUCUUGCGAUUCAGUUGUUAACUUGCAUUUAACAAACAAACCAAUUCCGCUGACCACUGGUGAUGUCACAGCUGCGCUCGAAAGUCAUUACCCUCUACAAGCACUUGCAGUAUUUGGGCCGCGAAUAUCCCGGCCUGAACGGGCCGCAGAAGUUCAGGAAGCAGAUCCACGAUGCCUUCAUGAACCACAAGGAUGAGCAGGACCCCAAGAAGAUCGUCGCCCUGCUGGCCCAAGGACGCUACUUGGCCAAGGAGGUGGAGGCCCUGUACUCCCUGAAGAAAUACCGAAGUGUUAAGCAGCGCUACAGCUACAAUGACUAAGCGGGCGGCUCGGAAUACGGAGGGCAGGAGGCGUGGCAGCGAUGCGGAAAUCGUGGCGAAAAUUCAAGGACUGAUGCUGUGGAUCGGAGGAGGAACAAUCGUGAGAACAUGAUACGUUUCGCCUUGCUUGUCGCACACAAAACAUAUACCCCAAACAUAUACAUACUGAUAUGCAUAUUGUUCGGCCAAAAGAAAAGAAACGCAACCCAAACACAACAAUAAUUUCGAAUGUCUUGUCAAUGUCCAACUUUAAGUUUGUUAUUGAGGCACCAAAAAAAGCGAAAAACGGACGUAGCGAAUAAACGAAGCAGUCAUUGAAUAAGCUAA